AUGCUAAGCUUCGAGUUGGUUUAUAAUCGCAAGCUCCUGUUCUAUAAACUGACCCUCACAGAUAGGAGGUGCGGUCAGUCACGACAACUUCAUGCAUACCAGCUGUGCAUUCUCCAGCAGUUAACCACUCUAACUACAUGCUCAUACAAUACAUCCCACAGGAACUUUGACUUCCAUUUUCUGCCCAUUUCUAAGCCAGAUGUUCAGUCCUGGGAAUCUACUCCUUCCAUGAAUUGUAAGAAAGCUGAUGUCGUAAUGAUACCCAGCAAACACAGUGCCUAUCUGACCAUGUCGUUUCAGAUCACUUCCUGUUGGAGAAAGCAAGUGUGA